UUACGGAACUGGAACUGGAACUGGAACUGACACCCAACACAAUCGAGUUAGUUGGUCUCAAUUCAAUUCGUCUUAAGCAUUCGAGUUGAGUGGAAGGCACGGGAUUCGACAAGUUGGCGCGUUUACCAACACUAUCCAAUUUGUUAUCCAACACUAAAACAUUGAAGAGAAGGAGGAGCCACCUCAAUAUUUACAAAUAAUGACAGCUCGGUUAAAUCGAAAACAUCGUGAGCAGCAGAGUCGAGUGUACAGUGAAGAGAUAUUAUUCCACAGGACAGUUUAUGUCUUAAGUCGCAUUCUAUAUCAAAUUUGCCGUUCUUGUACUUUUGGAUACUUUAAUUAUAACCCGGAGACAAACAAAUUAUAUAUUUGCCGUCAUGAAAAUUUAAAGAAAUACUUCACCUAUGCUGUCAAAGCAAUGUUAUUAUUUAUGGAUUAUCUUAAUUAUUUAUAUGUGGAGGUCAAAUUUGAAGCUUACAUUUUUCAUGACUGCGACUUAGUUAGUUCCGGAUAUAGUUUUUAUCUAGAAGUCUUAAAUUACAUAAAUGUGAACUGGCACUUUACGAAAAUUAUAGUCCUCCUGCAUAGCUGGAAAACUAAUGAGUCCUUUGUUUCUACGAUCAACAAGAUUUUAGAAAUACAUCAAAAUAUGAUUUCAUCUUUUAAUAAGACCUGUUUCACAUUUGAUUACAAUAUACUUCUGAUAUCGUCAUUGGAGUUUUCGUUCACAGUUGUUCAAUUGUGGAAUCAAAUAAUGAGAAAGAAACAUUUUCUUGUGUUGAAGUACCGCAUAAUCUUAUUUGAGUUCAUUUAUUGGGCGUACUUCCUAUACCAGCUAAUCCUUAUCACCUGGCAUCAGGUAUUGCUAAGUUCCAUCAGUAGUUGUAAUUGUAGAAAGAGAAAUUGUAAACGACUAAUUAAAAUAUAUAAAAUAUACUUUCGAAUAUGCGAAGUCCACGGCGAAAUUACACAGCUCUGGUUAGGCAUCUCGGGUGGCCUUUUCGCCUGUAUAUCCCUGUUAUCCGCAGACAUUUCGGAGGAGUUAUAUGACGUCAUCUACCAGGAAAAGAGCACAGCGGAGAAAUGGAAAUUUUUCCUUUAUUUAAAAGUAGGAAAUUGCGUAGCCCCAUUACUGAAAGUUUUCCUCUUGGGUCUAUGCACCAAUCGAAUCGAGUAUCUAACCAAAUUCCUGAGUCAGCAAAUCUAUAUAAUCGAACUGCUUGAAUCGGGCCAACAAAAUGCAUAUACGAAAGUGCUGGAUUGCCAGUUCGACUGCUUCUGUCUACAGCAGCACUUCUGUCCGAUCAGAAAUCAUAUCUGGCACAAGGGGCAAAGUAUCAAUAUUGAAUUUCUUCUAUUAUUUAUGUGGAUCGCUUUUCUGAAUGCAAUGUCCAAUUUGCAAUAUGCUCUAACGGAGGAGAAUGGUAUAAAUCAUUUUUAUUAAUUUAGUAAAAGGCUUGUA